CCUCGCCACUCCACUCAGUCAUUCGCCGAUCACCAUAGCCCAAUUCUCCAAGUGCCCCCCGACCGGGCACACUCAGAACGCAACCUAACCAAGCCGCUCUAAAGCCAAAACACACCGGAGCAGGAAAGGAAAGCAUCGCGCGCUCCUGAAAUUCCUCGAUCGUGAGUCGCUGGACGCCGUUUCUAGGAGUUCUCCACGCAUAUAUCAUAUGCAGCAAGCAGCGCCCAUGGCCGGCGCCCGAUCGCCCGGGCCGCGCCGCGCGGCGUUCGCGGCGCUGGUGACUCUCCUCUUCCUCGCCUGCUGCGUCUUCUUCUUCCUCCUCUCAGCAACCACAGCCACCAGCAGUCUCAGCUCCCCGGCGUCCCGCCUGGCCGCCGUCCGGCGCCACGCGGAGGACCACACGGCGGUCCUGGCAGCUUACGCGGCGCACGCGCGGCGGCUGAGCUCGGAGUCUUCGUCCCAGACGGCCUCCUUCCUCUCCGCGUCCUCGCAGCUCGCCUCGCUCGCCGCCCGCGUCACGAGCUCCACGGUGUCCCUCCUGGAGAAAGAAACCCGCGCGCAACUGAAGCGUGCCAAGUCCCUGGCCACGGCGGGCGCCAAGGAGGCAUUCGACACGCAGUCCAAGGUCGCCAAGCUCUCCGACACCGUCUUCGCCGUCUCCCAGCAGCUCCUCCGCGCCCGCAAAGCCGGCAUCCUGAACUCCCGCAUCGCCGCCGGAUCCACGCCCAAGUCGCUCCACUGCCUCGCCAUGCGCCUCCUCCAGUCCCAGCUCUCCUCCAACGCCAACGCUUCGUCAUCAUCCGUCAACGAUCCCCCUGCUGCCAUGGAUGAAGAAGGGCCAGAGCUCACGGACCCGGCGAUGUACCACUACGCCAUCUUCUCCGACAACGUCCUGGCCGUGUCCGUGGUCGUGGCGUCGGCGGCGCGAGCGGCAGCCGAGCCCACACGGCACGUGUUCCACGUGGUGACGGCGCCCAUGUACCUGCAAGCCUUCCGCGCCUGGUUCGCGCGCAGCCCGCCCCCGCUCGGCGCGCGCGUGCAGCUCCUGGCGGCGUCCGAGCUCUCCUUCCCCUUCCUCUUCAACAACAACGGCUCCUCGUCGCCAUUGCUGAGGCAGAUCGAGGACGGGAACAGGGAACUGGCGCUGCGGCGGCUGGAGUACCUGCGGUUCUACCUGCCGGAGAUGUUCCCGGCGCUGGGGAAGGUGGUGCUGCUGGAGGACGACGUGGUGGUGCAGCGGGACCUGGCCGGGCUCUGGCGCCUCGACAUGCGCGGCAUGGCCAACGCCGCGCUCCACACCUGCUUCGGCGGCUUCCGCCGGUACGCCAAGUACCUCAACUUCUCGCACCCCGCCGUCAAUGGCCGCUUCAGCCCGCGCGCCUGCGCCUGGUCCUACGGCGUCAACGUCUUCGACCUCGACGCAUGGCGCCGCGACAAUUGCACCCACAAGUUCCACGAGCUCAUGGACAUGAAUGAGAAUGGGACGCUAUGGGACCCGGCGAGCGUGCUGGCGGCGGGGCUGAUGACGUUCGACGGCAACACGAGGCCGCUGGAGAGGUCGUGGCACGUCAUGGGCCUGGGAUGCAACCCGCACGUCAGGCCAGAGGACGUCAGGGGAGCGGCCGUGGUACACUUCAACGGGGACAUGAAGCCGUGGCUCGACGUCGCCUUUAACCAGUACAAGCGUCUCUGGACAAAGCACGUCGACGCCGACAUGGAGUUGCUCACGCUCUGCAACUUCGGGCUCUGAAACAGAGAACCCAUGUAGCUGAUCAAAGCACUCAUUGGAACUUCUUCUUCUCUUCCUUUUACAGUGUGUCAGUAUGCCUCUGCACUGAUCGUCAUUCAAAAACCAUUUUCUCGGUUAAGAGAGGUGUAAUGCUGCUACCGGUGGGAAUCUAGCCACGGUUGCCAUGCCGAA